AUGAAAAAGGUCUGGAAGGAGGCUCAGGUUUCGGGAUGGGCUAGUUUCAGAAUCCUACAUAAAUUGAAAAGGUUGAGGGCACAUCUAAGAUGGUGGAAUCUGGAGGUAUUUGGAAAUAUUGAUGAUCAACUUAAAAAAGGUGAAGUUGAAUUACAUGAGUGGGACUUGAAAGCUGAAUCCAGACCCUUGUUCGAAUCAGAGGUGAAAAAAAGAAGAGAGGUUAGAAGUCAAGUUUGGAAUCUCAGUAGAAGAAAUGAGAGGUUGUGGUUACAAAAGUCCAGAAUGUCAUGGGCACAAAAUGGAGAUAAAAAUACUAAAUUGUUUCACUUGAUGGCAAGUAAUAGGCAGAGGAAAAAUUUAUUGGGCUCAGUGAAUGAAAAUGGUGUUGUGGUUGAAGAUCCAAGUAUGGUCAGGCAAGUAGUGAAGAAUCAUUUCAGAAGAGUGUUUGCUGAAAACUGGAGGUGUAGGCCUAAGUUUUUAGGUCCUUUCUCAUCUAUCAGUCUUGCUGAUUCAAAGGAUGUGCUGGAGUCAGAGUUCAGUGAAGCAGAAAUUUGGGCAACCAUUAAAGCUUGUGAUGUAAAUAAGGCCUCUGGGCCAGAUGGUUUCGAUCUGUAUUGCAUUCAAAAGUGCUGGUCUAUAAUGAAAGGUGAGUUCAUUAAGUUGUUCUCUGAGUUUCACGGUGAAGUACAAACUGCUUUCCUUGGUGGUAGGUGCAUCCUUAAUGGGGUUUUAAUUGCUAAUGAGGUGGUGGAUUGGUGGAAGAAGGCAAGGAAAAAAGGAAUCAUUAUUAAACUGGAUUAUGAGAAGGCAUACAAUUCAAUUAAUUGGGAGUUUUUGCUAUCAAUGAUGGAAAACUUUGGGUUUGGUGCAAAAUGGGUGGGGUGGAUUAAGUCGUGCAUUUAUUCAUCAAGGGUAACAGUGCUUGUGAAUGGGUCACCUACAGCAGAAUUUUCUCCUCAAAAAGGGUUGAGGCAAGGUGAUCCACUCUCAUCCUUCCUUUUUAAUAUAGUGGCUGAGGGCCUAAAUAUUUUAUUGGAGAGAGCAAAAGAAAAGGGGUUGAUCAAAGGAGCUUCAAUUGGUCAUAAGGAGCUGAAAGUUUCUCAUUUACAAUUUGCAGAUGACACCAUUAUUUUUUGUGAAGCUACUUGGGAUGAAAUCAUUAUGAUUAAAAGAAUUUUAAGGUAUUUUGAGAUAAUAUCAGGUCUAAAGAUUAAUUUUCAUAAAAGUAUUGUUUGUGGAAUUGGUGUAGAAGAGGGGUUAGUUAAGGAGUUUGCUACAAAACUUAAUUGCCUCAGUCAGAGGUUACCUUUUACAUAUCUUGGCUUACCUCUAGGGGCAAAUCCAAGGAGAAGCAGCGCAUGGCAACCAGUGGUGGAGAAGUUUAAAAAGAAGUUAGCAUCUUGGAAGAUGAGAACAAUUGAUGGGAUUCAAUCCAACUUCUUGUGGACAGAUUCCAAAACUAGAAGGAAAAUUCACCUAGUUAGUUGGAAGGAGAUUAUUUUGGGGAAUGGGAAGAGGAUUCAUUUUUGGACAGACAGGUGGUUUAAUAAUAUCAGUCUCAGGAAUGAAUUUCCUAGAUUGUACAGUCUAUCAACUGAGAAGGAAGGCUCACUGCAAACUUUCUAUCAAAGAAGAGGGCAGGAUAGUGAGUGGAACCUGGUAUUUAGAAGAUCCCUCUUAGCUUGGGAGGAGAAGGAGGUCCAAAGGCUGAAUGUGUUAUUAGCAGAGGCACCUAAUCUGAAUCAUGUGUCUGAGGACACCUGUUUGUGGUUGGCCAAUAAUUCAGGUGUGCUUUCUGUGGCUUCAGUAUGGAAAAGGUUGGAAUUAGUUAAUGGGCCCAUGCUUAGCAUUUCAAAGUUCCUGUGGAGAAAUUCAGCUCCUCCAAAGGUUCAGUUUUUCAGUUGGAAUGAUUGCUUGUUUAAUAAUGGAAGUGCGGAAUUUACAGAGAUGGUGGAGCUAUUGAAAGUUAGAGUUGCUUUUUGGGUGAAAUCAAAUUGUAAGGGAGUGAAGUACUCAGUGCAUGAUAUUGUGGCAAAUUUGAAGCAGUGGUUGGUGCUGGUGAUGGGUUGUAUGGCAUACAAGGCUUGCUGUUGUAUGUUCUGGGCUGGUCUGUUUGCUGUUGUUCUAGCCUGA